GAGGAGAGAAAGCAGUCAAUUCACGCUCAGAGCAUCGCUUUACAUAUCUCUUACAAGUGAUGCCUCUGCUGUCAGAUUAGUGGGCACUCAGCUGGGGCUUGGAAUUGCAAAGCUUGUGCUUAGUGAAGACAGCUUUCGUGUUGCCACAGUGUUUGGGAGAGCUUUCUCUCUUAGUCCGGCUCGUUCAUCCUGUUCUGACAAUGGUAUCUCGGGGUCCUUUUCAUCAGCGCCCACUACCCGUAAUCCUUCUGAGAUUUCUCUGCCUUCUUCCAACAGGACUGCCGGUUAGAAGCGUGGACUUCUCCAGGGGGACGGACAACAUCACCAUCAGGCAGGGAGACACGGCUAUCCUCAGGUGCUAUGUUGAUGACAGAAUCUCAAAGGUUGCUUGGCUGAACCGAUCUAAUAUCAUUUUUGCUGGAAAUGACAAAUGGUCCCUGGACCCUCGAGUCACUCUGUUGACCAGCGCUCGCUUAGAGUAUAGCCUUCAGAUUCAACAGGUGGAUGUGUCUGAUGAAGGUCCUUAUACAUGUUCAGUGCAGACCCAGCACCACCCUAAGACCUAUCAAGUGCAUUUGAUAGUGCAAGUUCCACCAAAAAUCUACAACAUCUCAUCUAACAUCACAGUCAAUGAAGGCAGCAAUGUGACUCUUGUGUGCUUGGCUAAUGGAAGACCAGAGCCCGUCAUAAAUUGGAGGCACAUUUCUCCUUCAGCCAGGGAAUUUGAAGAGGAAGAGGAAUACCUAGAAAUCUUCAUGAUCAGCAAGUACCAAGCUGGCAUUUACCAGUGCAAAGCCGCUAAUGAGGUUUCCAAUGCCGAUGAGAAGAAAGUCCAUAUCACUGUUAACUAUGCUCCCACUAUUAAGUAUGCUCAGAGUGCAGAUGUUGCAGUGGGCCGUACUGGGAUGCUGCACUGUGAAGUUUCAGCUGUGCCACCAGCAGUUUUUGAGUGGUACAAGGAAGAUAAGCGGAUAUAUAACAGCUCGCAAGGCAUCCAGAUCCAGAACUUGGACAGUCGCUCCAGUCUCAUUGUCACUAAUGCCACAGAGGAUCACUAUGGCAACUACACAUGUGUGGCAGGCAACAAGCUGGGGAUCGCCAAUGCAAGCAUAUUUCUAUACAAAAGUAUUCUGCCAACUAUUCCAAACCCCAUUCAAGAGCAAAUAGAAACCACAAUGCACUCAGAAAAAAGAGGGCCAGGUUCCAUGCGAGACUCAGGCACCGGAUUAGCAGGCGUCACCAUAUCACUGUGGCUGCUAGCAGCAACUCUAGUCUGUCUAAUUUACAAGUGUUAAUAAUAUGAAAACUGACCGCAAGAAAAGAGGAGACUAUUUGUAUUUCAACACAGUGCGUUCCACUGCACAAAAAAAAGUAUUGCUAGAAAAGCUUUUAGAAUAGAAACAAAAAGGUCGAGGAUGUAUUAGAUACAAAAUGAUCAACAUUUGCUCAUGAAUUUCAAAUAUUGUGUAAAAAGAAAUUCUUUCUGCUGUCAUAUUUGCUAAUGUUUACAUUCACGCAGGUCUAACCCUUUGUUUUGGGUCUGAAUGAUGACAUUUAAUCAAUGCAAACAGAACCCUGUAUUUGAUGGUGCCAAGUGAUCCAUCCACCAUAUCAAAAUUAUAAAUAACUGGAGUAAUACUGAGGGUGAUGAAUGGCAUGGGAGCUCAUUGUUAAAUAUAUUGAUUAUGAAUCACCCACAAUAUUUAGGCGCAGGCAUUGAUGCACAACAGCCUGGAUCAAAGGGUAAAUUCUCAAUGAAUUUAAUCAAUUUGCUCAAAAUCAGUGUGAAUUGGAUGACACCCUGUUCUUCAAUAAACUGUGAACUAAAAUUGUACAAGGUACAAAACAUUUCUUUUGUGUUAGUAGUCAAAGUAAAAAUACAAUUAUAAUACUAAUAUAUUCUGAUCAGAUCACAAAAGUAUCUGAACAUUACUCUUUAAAUGAAUAAUAUUUUAUCUAAAUUCAUGAACAGGCUAAAACAUUGGGGGAAAAAUGUAACUUUUUUUUAAACCUCCUGAUUUCUGUUUAUUACAGGUAGAUCAUCCAAUUGCUCUUUUUCUCCCCCCACCAAGGAUCUCGAAAGGAGUUAGCUGAUCUGGCCUGUUAUGCAGUUCUAGUUAAACUAAAGAGAAGAUUUGUCAGCAAAGUACAAGAUAUAUCAGCAUGCAGUGGUUUUUGAUAAUGGCCGCUCCAGAAGAUUACAAAGCACAUGGCCCGGGUCAUUUAUAAAUGUUUUGUUACACAAUGUUUACUGAUUAUGUAUUGUAUUGACAAUGAACAUUUCUGGUUUACUUAUUAACGAUGUAUCAUUUGACAGUGCAAGAUUUCCCCUGUAAAUUCUUCAUUUCGUUACUGAUAAUUCAACUGGUCAAGUGCUUCAAAUAUAUCGGGUUUUAACGUGAGGAUGCUCUCCAAAAACCCUACAUUUUCAUGAGAGAAUGCAGAAGCAUUAAAUUGAAUUUGAAUGGGUAUCAUAUGAAUGUUAGGCCUGAACUUUGUGUCGAGGGAGUGAUCUGUCAUUGGUCAUAAACCACUGCUCAUUAAGCUAUUGGUGUGCCAUAUUAAUUUAAAGUGUAAUACAUGAGAUGAUAUAGAUCAUAACUAACGCUCCAGACUUUGUAAUAACCACAGCAGCCCCUGGCACAAUUGAUUCAUGUCGCUUCAACUUCACCCAGUUAUGACAAAUUCUUAGAAUAAGGCCAAGCGGCACCAGUUCCAGGGGGUCAUGAUAGUUGUUUAUCUUAUAAGAAUUGUAAAGCAAGUUUGCAUUUCAGGCGCUAAAAUGUAUUCCUCAUUUCUGUUGUUGUAUAUAUGAGGCCAGUGCCCAUAAAUGGAUUUACAUUUUGUUGCUAGCUUUAGACUAUGCUAAAAAUCCUUGUGACAGUUAAGUGCUGUGUACAUACAGAAAAGAGGGGCUGGGAACAGGAGUAGGUCUUUGCUCCACUUUAUCAAGCUCUAAUUGAUUUCUCAGUUAACAAUGGUCCUAUAACAUGCUGUGAUGCGCUGUAACUUUUUUUUUGCAUUUAUCUUCUUGAUAUGCGACAUUGCAGUUCUAUAGAUGGAUGUUUCUAAAGUAAAAAAGGUGAAAGAAAUUACAGUACACAUUACUAGUGCAAAAGCAAUUCUUUGCUGUGUUCAACAAGAACAGUUUUUACUGGAAUAAUGUGGUUUGGAAAAGAAUAGGUUUACUUUCUUGAAAUAAGAUGAAUAUUACGUAUAGUGGUAAUCACAAAAUGUGUAUUAAUGAAGUUUGGAUCAAUAACCGACUGCUAUAUCAUAAUCAUAAAUCAAGAAGGAGCACUCCAAAUAGGAGUCACCAGCUAUGAAAGCAACGAAUUUACAUUUCUCAUACAGUUCAAUUUGUUAUUGUGAAGCUGAUUUAUAUCACAAUGAAACAUGGAAAAAGCAUUUUGAAACUUUUUUUCUUUGAUGAUUGCCCAAAACUGGAUGCAAAUAACUUAUAUGGCAUAACUGUACAAAAAAAAAGCUUUGAAAAAAUUAAAAUGGUGUGUGGCUUUAAUUUGAUUUGUAUAGUUUGAUUUAAUUCUAAUGUGUUUCCUGUUUUUAAUGCUGUGGUAGUCAGUUAAAUAUAAUAUUUUGCAAGUGUCUUGGUUUUGUACAUCUGUCAGUUAGGAUGGAAAUAGCACAGAAACUCCACAGAAGCCCCUUGAAUAUUGUUUUUUUUUAACUUAAACCUAACUUUUCUUUUUCCUCAUUCUGUUCCUUGAAUAUCACUUGCAGUAGGCGUUUACAACUCCAGAAGCAUAGAAGUGUUGUAAUGCAGUAGGAGUCUAUAUGGCCCAUCCUGUAUCAGCUCAUUAAAUGACCAUUAUUAUCAAGUGCCAGUCUCCUAUUUCCUCCCCAUAACUUUGCAUAUUACUUUUAACCGACCAUUUCUUGAAUGCCUCAGUUGGACCUGACUUCACAUAUUCUGGGCAAUGCAUUCCAUACCCUAACUACUUGCUGAGCAGAAAAGUUUUUUCCUUGCCUCACCCUCGCUUCUUUUGCGGAUCACUUUAAAUCUAUGCCCUCUUGUUCCUAUUACAAGCAGGCUACAGAGCUGUAGCUUUUCUCAUUGCUGGACUGACGUUGCCUGAAGGAUGACUCAGAAUCUGCCACUUUUUCUCCUAUCCACCCCAAAAUGAAAUAUCUCAUUCUGAACUAGCAGCUCAACUGACAAAUGGUAUCUAAAGGCAAAAAAAAACUUGAAAUAAUGGGACCCUUUGAGCACAUGGACAGGAGUCUUUCCACCUAUUAUCACAACUUCUAGUUUAAUAACACUACCAAUUAGGAAAUUCCACACUAUUUCAAGUCUCAGUUGUACAAUUGAAAACAAAAGAAACCUUACUUUGCUUAAAAAAAGUAGUGAAGUUGAGCAAUAUUUGACUUUUCUUCGUCAUAUCAUAAACAGGGAGUGGUUUUUUUUCCCCUACUGGUAUGGACUCAAUUUCACCCACAACAGUUAUUUCUUCAGAAAUGGUAGAAUGUUAUAUGAUUUACUACUUGGGUAUUUGUAAGCUAAUAAUGGCCCUUUAUUAUCUAUCAAAAAAGCUUGGCAUAGUCAGCCUAAAACAUUACAUAAAGCAAUGUCAUAGAGUUGUACAGAUGUACAGAAUGGAAACAGAUCCUUCAGUCCAACUCAUCCAUGCCAACCAGAUAUCCCACAUUAAUCUAGUUUCAUUUACCAGCAGCCCACAUCUCUUUAAACCCUUCCGAUUCAUGUAUCCAACCAGAUGCCUUUUAAAUGUUACAAUUGUACCUGCCUCCACCACUUCUUCUGUCAGCUCAUUCCAAACAUGUACCAUUUUGUGUGAAAAGGCUAUCCCUUAGGUCCAUUUUAUAUAAUUCCACUCUCAUCUUAAACCUGUGCCCUCUCUUUUUGGACUCCCUACACUAGAAAAAGACCUUAGCUAUUCACCCUAUCCAAGCUUUUUAUGAUUUUAUAAACCUCUAUUAGGCCACCCCUCAGCCUCUCCCUGUAGCUCAAACCCUCCAACUCCAUCAAUAUCCUUGUAAAUCUUUUCUCCUAUCCACCCUAUAACAGGGAGGCUAGAAUUGAAUGUAAUAUUCUAAAAUUGACCUAACCACUGUCCUGUAAAGCCACAUGACCUUCCAACUUCUAUACUCAAUGCACUGACCAAUAAAAGACAAAUGUAGUAAUUGCCGCCUUCUCUACCCUGUCUAUCCUGUGACUCCACUUUCAAGGAACUAUGAAGUUGCAUCUAAAAGUUUCUUUGCCCACCAACACUCCCCAGAACCUGACCAUUAAGUAUAUUAGAAUGUGCUGGAUAAAAGGACAAAAUAAUCAUAGAUACCAGUGACUGAUUAUGAACAUUUGCCUACUUGACUAUUACCAUGCUCACAGUCAAGUAGGCAAAUAGUUUGAACAAAUACCAGUGCUCACUUAUCACUUUGUCCUGCUGAUCGUUUAUUAAAACGGAAUAAAAAAGACAUGAAUGUGAUUGGUAGCAGUACCUCAGGAAUGGUAUUUUAAUCACUGCUUUUGAAAACUAAAUACACAUUGCUCUUGAAUCUAAAAUGCUCACCAUUGCAGGCUUGAUUCAAAGUUUAACAAUGUAUUAAGCCCAAAGCUUAACGGUUUUACCUUUAUUUCUUUAUUAUUACUUUGAGCUAAGGGCAAGUCACCAAAUUCCAUAUGUAUUUUAUCAAUUACAAGUGGGAAAGACUUUUCUAGAAGGAUGGUGAGUACCCACCAGACAGUGCUGUGGAUCACUGGUGAAUUUGUGUUAUUAUCUAUCAACAUUACAAUCAGAAGCUCCUACCUGUGUUUGUUUAAUAUCUUGUUUUCCAGUUUUUCUCCCUGAUUCUGGACAAGACUAUACCAGAAGUUACUGAAUUAAGAAAUGUAAUAGUACAUUGGUGGAAUCAUAUGCCUUUUUUCCCCAAUAAUGGAGUUGUGGAAAUGUUGAUUCCAUGGUCAGCAAUCCCAUGAUGCUCUGCCUAAACUGUGGAGUCUCUGUAAAAUAGUGUGAUUGAAGGAUUGUAUUGUAAAAAAAAUUCUGUGCAACAAGGAUAAGUAGGCCUGUAAAAUGCAGAAAGUUGUUUGAAGCAUGCUAUGGCUGAUUGAAUACUGCUAAUGUUGAGGAAUUCAGUAAGGCUGGCAGGGAUGGGUAGUUUCUCAACUGUUUUCAGCAAUUACCGACAUCACUACUUAAGUUUUUAGAAAAGCUGUCACAACUAUCUGGCUGCUUGAAAAGUUUGAGAAUGAUAAUAUGCUAAACAAAUUCUAACUAAAAUGAUUUUUUGUUGAAUUGUGGUGCUUGUCAAAUUCUUGAUAUUAUCUAUUAAUACAAUUUAUGUGACAUUCAUAAUAAAAGUUGAUUUUUGCACUGUAUGUUAAUUGAAAUAAAUGUAAAUUUAUUUACACUAAUGAAUAAAAUAUAGGGCUGUAACUACUUAAAUGCAUAAUGGGCCAUGUUUUGCUAAAUUCAUUUUUGGGUAAAAUGAUUUAAUUCUGAAAAGAAACUUUUUUCUCACCAAAUGAGAGAUUUGAGGACAGGAAUUAAAUUUCUGCCAGCAGCACAAUACCAACUGAAACUUGUAUAUUUGCUUUGUACAAAGCCCUUUGUAAUGUAAAUGUUGACAGUAAAAAUUUCUCUUGCAUCUGAUGACAGUAUUAGAAAUGCCUAAGAAAAUUGAAUGAUUUGGGACAAAUGUUGGGCAUCAUCAACAAUCACUGGGCAACAAUCCUCUAUUCAUCAUGUCUGUGACACAUAGGUUAAAGCUGACAUUGUAAUCAGUCAUUGCACUUCAAACUCAAUUAAGAGAGCAGCACUUAAAAUAAACAAGAGACAAAGAGGAAGGUGAGCACUAAUUGAUAAUCAAAUAUUGAUAGUUUAGGGAAUCUGAACUGUUUCUGUCAGAUCUGCAAACACUGUUUAAUAACAAUUCAGUCAUACCUUAUGAACUGUGUAUCUGAUUAAUAAUGUUGAAGAAUUACCAGAUGAAGGUGUAAAAUGUGGCUCUCUGAUGAAGGGUCUAGGCCCGAAACGUCAGCUUUUGUGCUCCUGAGAUGCUGCUUGGCCUGCUGUGUUCGUCCAGCCUCACAUUUUAUUAUCUGUGAUAUUGAGGUUUACUUAGUGUGCCCCUAUUAUUUUUGUUAUUUUGUGCUUUUCCCCUUUUCCCAGUUUUGACAAAUUGGCAGUGCAUGAUUUCACAUUCACACCUACACAUUGCUUCUGUUUAUGUACAAGAAAGCUCAAUCACGACAUUUGUCUCUGCAAUGAGUACUUCAAAAAUGGAGAGCCAACUUAGAAUCCAAUUAGGAAUUGAAGGAGGGCAAAAUCUAAAGCUAUUUUCUUGCUAUGUGCAAAUGGGUAAUAAUGAAGCAUACAUAUCUGAAGUCUACAAUUGCUCCCUGCAUUAAGAAUUAAUCAUGCGCCGUGGAACUUUGCUUAAUGGUAAUGAUAGCUUCUACAAUCUACCGCUUUACUGAUCGAUUUCCUGCUUUUGCACUGCUUACUAUUUAAAGAUAUUUGCACUCACUGUUACAGCAAUCAUCAGAAACACUGGCAUAGAAAUUUAGAAUAUCAGGUUAUCCACCUGUUAAUGCUCUUCACAAGUAGCAUCUGUAACCUUGUUUCAGGUUGAAAGCCUUAAAACCAAUUCUACUAUGCCAGAACAUUAUCAAAGCAUUUUUUAAAAAAUUGUUAUUAUUUUCUUUUGGUGAUUUCUUUCAUUUUUUUUCCCUAUUUAUCCCCUUAUUUAUAUCCUUUUAAGUCUUUAUCACUCUCACUGAGGAGUAUUUCAAAAUAUACUUCCCUGAUUGGUAGAUCACAUGUAUUUAAAAAUGUUUCAUCAUAACUGGUGUGCACAGUGUAGCUCUGUAUAUGAUCUCCAAAGCUGAUGUUAAAGUAAUUUGAGAGCAUAAGUUACUGACUGGAACAUAGUGUAUCUAAAAUCUUUAGCACUUAUCAUCAGAUGCAAGUGGAAAAUAACUAUUCUUUAUUACUGUCAUUCAAUUACAUUGUAAGUAAAAUAAAUAUACAUGAAAACAUACUGACUUAUUAGACUCAUGGGCCACAACUGACGUCAGUUGCAGCACUAGAAUUAGUAUCUCUUUCAGUAUUGCAGGAAUGCAAACAAGCGCUGUGCAUAAGAACAUUGUGAGCAGCUAGCGUUGUUAUUCAUAGUGUUUGGCAGUUGAAGAAAGAUUCUGUAGAUUUCAGUAGUUGAGCAUACUAUAUAAAUCUAUUGCGUUCAUACUAAAGCCAUAUUAUUUUUCAUCCUCUAAGUGACCAGAUUAUAGGUGAAUACACAUUUUGUAAUGUAACGCACAUUGAAAUAAUAGCAAAACUUCAAUACAAUAUAUGCUAAUUAUUUUAAAAAUCAAAAUAUCUCCCAGUAUUAUUUAUUUACAAUCAAAAUAAUCAUUGCAAUGUUAAACAGUUGAAUACUAUAUAACAAAUAAAUAUCCUCAAAGUCUGUAAAGAAAAUACAUUUAAAUGCAUUGUAUUCAUCUGUGCUAACAUUUAAAUAAUUAUAACAGUUAUUUCCUUUAUAUUGAUAUCAAUCCAUAAUAUUAGGAAUGGCAUAAUUGUGGUAAAACGCAUUUGAAUGUAUUGCAUCCAUUUUAACUGAUGAUGUUUCAUGCUGUGACACUUUCACAUGAUGUUCAACAUGAAUUACUAAAAAGUAAGCCUCAUAACAUGGAAAAUUGUUUUCAUUGCUACAAUCAAAUUUCUUAUGUGACACAAGUCACAACACUUCAAAGAAAUAAUUCACUACGAACAGUGCUUUGAGUUCAGAAGGAAAGGUGCUCUGUUUUGUUUCACAUUGUCUUUAAUUCCUUCUGAGACAAACUAGACACAGGCAUUUUCCACUUUAAAUGAUACUUAACGCGAUGACCAGGUUUUGCAAUUAUAUGAAUGUCCAUUUGAGACAAAGAAUUUCUAAUUAGAUAGAUGUUAUCAUACCCUGACUGUAAUACCCAAUACUCCCUUAUAAUUUUAAUACAUGAAGUGUGCUUGCGGGACAGGGAUAUAGGACUUCAAAUGUACUAUCACCUCUCAUUUGUUUCUGUGAGGAAAGUUUAAACUUUGGAGUUAAUUUACUUUAUAUUUAAUACCAAGAUAAAAAAAGUGAUAAGUGUAAGUGCAAAGUUAUGUUAUUGGUGCAAAGGUCUGUUAGAAUUUAUCAAUGGUUUUCCCUUAAAUAAAAAAAAAGUACAGUGUGUUCACUUGUUAUUUUGAAGGAAUAGAGAAGGCAAUGGCCUAAUAGUAUUAUGGCUGGACUGUUAAUUCCCAAGACCCAGAUAAAGUUCUGGGGACCCAGUUUCCAAUCCCACCAUGACAGAAUGUGGAAUUUGAAUUCAAUAAAAUAGCUGGAAUUAAGAAUUGAAUGAUGACCCAUUGUCGAUUGUCAGGAAAAACCCACCAUCUUCACUAAUGUCUAUUCGGGAAGGAAAUCUGUCAUCCUUUACUUGUCUGGCCUACAUGUGACUCCCAACCCACAGCAAUGUGAUUGGCUCUCAACUGCCCUCUGGGCAAUUAGGGAUAGGCAAUAAAUGCUGUCUGGUCAGUGACACCCUCAUGCCAUGAAUGAAUUAGAUACAAAAAAAACACAAUCUGAUAGAAAUGUUGACUGCAGUGCUGAUACUACCUGGAAACAUUUGUAAAAGACCUCAUAAUAAUCAUAUUUUGUCUGUUAAACCAAACCAUCUUAAAGAAUACUUGACUGUUUACCAUCAAAAUGUAAAUCAAAAGAAACUUUAAAGUGUUCCAUAAGGUUAAAUGCAACAAGUAAGCUCCAUGUCACCUCUAUUCUGUUGAAAUACAAGUGUAAAGUAUGAAUAUUUGAAUAAUUAAUGCAUGUCAUAAUGCAUAUCACUUUAAAUUUCACAAUCAAUGGAUCUGCUGCACUAUUUUGUGAUAGAACUACGGGAAAUAUUAUCAACAGUAUGAAAAUAAAGUGAAUGUUACAUAUGUCCAAGUUAAAACUGCAGGUGGACAGUUGACAUUAAUGUUCAAUGGAAGUAAUUCCUCUGGAAACCAUCGUAUGUUUGCCAAUUUUGUACCUUACGGUCAACAUUUAUAUUUCUUCUCAACUCAAUUUAAAAAAAUCUGGACAGUAGCUGGUGUAUCAGUUACAUUGUGGGCGCAUACUUUCUUUUCUGACAACAUCAGUUGUGAUGUUGUAAUUUGUGUUAAGUAAAUUUGAGCCAAUUGAUGAAAUGUUGAAAACAUAAAAACUGGAUCCAAUUUCUAAAUAUGUCCCAAACAACUUCAUUCAAGUUCCAACCUAAAUCCUUGCUGGUUUAGAAAAACACUUGCAAAGAGCUAACGUAGGAUAUAACAAAAAAAAAACACUCACAAUGGGAUUAAAACAUGCAAAUUCAUAUCUUGGAACAAUUUCCCUUUGCCUUAAACGAAAAAUUCUAAGGCUAUUUACAAAGUUAAUGACUAGCUUAUUUAUGUAGUUUCUCUCCAACUUCUCAGAAUAAUCCUUAAAUAAUCAGAAACCAUUGAAUAAAAAGCUUAGUAGCCAAUUCAAUUCUGCUUGAAAGUACAUGUUUUCUGGCUGACAGUCAGAAACUACAGCAAAUAUACAUCAUCACAGCACAUUUGGAACAGAGUUGCUAGUAAAUCCACCCAUUAUGCAAUUUCUUGGUUCCUAAUGCAAAGUACAGUGAAAUUAAGUGUGCCACAUUUAAGCCAGCCCUAAAAUGCAGUCCACAGUGACAGUGAGAACGGCUCCACAAAUUGACUUUUUUUAAAAAAAUUCAAUGAUUGAUAAACUUUUUUUCUCCUGGACUGUCUUUGAUUAAUACACAAUUUCCCCCAAAUUUUACUGAACUUACCAUCAAGAAUGAUUUUUUUUCCUAAUAAGAGUUGCAGCAAAAUUAAACAAUAUGGCAGGCUUUGAAGAAACUGCUUUUAGGGAAGCAUUUCUUUACACUCACUAUUUAGUUUACUACAAAAAUAAUAGAUAAUGUUCCGAAAAUGAAGGGCAGAUGAGUGUCACUUAGUAAGCACCUAUCACCAAUAAUCAAUUGACCAUGUAUUAAUGGAGCAAAGCAUCUCCUCUUCAGGAAAAUGUCUGAAGUUUAUAGUUCUAUAUUUCUGCUGAGGACUGCAAUGAAGCAAGCAUUCAAAGUAAAAGGAUGCAGGAGACAAUAUGUUGUUCAAAAUUAUAGUGUGGGCCUAACAUUUGAUUUCUGUGCAGCUUCUGCUUACAAAUGUAUUCUAACAAGUAGUAGUUGUCAAAUAAACAAUCAAUAUUUUCACCAUUAAUUACAACAUUCUAAUUUUGAAUAUUCCAUUUAAAACUUGCAUUGAUAAAGCAUCUUUAAUAGAGUAAUAUGUCCCGAGCUCUUCAUCAAAAAGAAGUUUAACACUGUACCUCUUAUAGGGAUAUUACAGCCAAAUGACCUAAAACUUGUUCAAAGGAAGAAGUUUGAAGGAAUGUCUUAAAACAAGAGACAGGGUAGAAAGAAAGUGAGAUUUGUGAAGGGAAUUUAUUAUUGAGAGCCUCGGCACAUGAUGGAAUGGCAUGAAGUGGAGGGAGGGAAUUAAAAUGAAAAAUGUUCAUUUUCUCUGAAUUGAAAGAAUAUAUAUAUGCCUUGCAAGGUUGUAGGACUGAAGCAGGUUCCAGAGUUAGGCACAAGGCCAUUGCAGGAAUUUAGGAACAGUGAUGAGAAAUUUAAAAUUGAAGUGUGGCUUAAUUGGGAUCUAAUUUAAUUCGCAAGCACUUAGAUCAUAGGCACAGGAUUUGGUGAAAAUUACAACAAAGGCAGUAGCAUUUUUAAUGACCUCAUGUUUAAUAAGGGCAGAAAAUGGGAAGGCAGGCAGAAAGUGCACUGAAAUAAUUAAAGCAACACUCUUGACUGAAGUUCUCAUAUGCUAUAUAGAAGUUCAGUUUGAGACUUAAAGUCAAGGUGUGAAAUAUAUUGCAAACACAAUCAUUUACAUUGUAAAUGUGCUAUGAUCACUAAACUCUUAGGGACACUUGCAGUUAAUACUAUUCAUUAUUUGAAACUGUAAUUAAUUCUGCCAAAUGUUCAUGUUUUAAAUAAUGUACAAUUGAAGGAACAUGAAUGAAAAUAGCAUUUUUUUUAACAUUCGUCUUAAAGUUAGUCAAAUGUUCUAUAACUGCCCCACUAUUUAAUAAGGAGAAUCAAGUAGAUGAAGCUAAUCUGAAAACUGAAAGCUUUGUGUAUUCCUAUUGUUGGCAGAUGAAGCAAAAUAUAAAGGAGGUUACUGUGGAUGAAAUUAAUUGAAAUGUAUUGGGUUGUGCCAUCCCUAAUUGAUUGCCUUUACCCUUUGACAAGCUGGCCAACAUGUUACAGCAGCAGCAGUAACUGUGAAAGCAAGAACAUACUCACAUAGGUACAGAUGCGCACACAAAAAUAAAUUCUGGCUACAUGUUCAGGUUCAUGAUGGGCUUAUUUUCAUUAUAAACAAUGAGAAAAAUAAACUUAUUGCUGUUUUACCCAAUUCCUGCCAAACUUACUCCUAGCUCUAUGUUGCUGUGACCCACUCUGUACUGCUGCACCACUUGUAAAAUUGUGUUGAUGAAUCCUAUGUAUAUUUUGUGUGUGAUUAUAAACAUAUUCCAGUGAGUGACUUUUUCUACUUUUACUGCUUUUCACUAGUUUGUGUUGCUUUG